AUGGCAAGCAGAUUAACUACACAAAAUAAGAGUAAUAAUAGUCGAUCAUUGGCUCCCUCUUUCAAUAAUUAUACACAAGGAGUGUUGAAUUCAAUAAAAUCAGUUAGUGAUCCAAACACUAAACCAGUCAAGAGUAAUCGUUAUAAGGACUAUAGUAAAUUAUCAGAGAGGUCUGGUAAUAAAAGUAAAGUUUUAAAUUUAAUAACAACUUCAGUUAAUGUAAUAGCAUCACCAAAAAAACAUAACAAAGUAACGAUUGAUCAACAGACACAUUUAAUGAAAGAUUGGUUAACAAAGAAUACCACUGGAAAGUGGUCAAGUUAUUAUAUCGACUCAGCUACAAUCUUUGAAAAUAAAAUUGUUGAUUGGCAAAGUGAAAGAUACCAGCUUUAUCCACUAUUCAAGGAAUCGAUAGAAAUUAAAGCUCACAUAUCGUGUGUUGAACCAUUUCUAUUUGAUGGUCCAUUGUUAAAUAUCUAUUUCGCUAGUUGCCAAUCAUUGAUUUUCUCAUAUAAAUUUCCCAUAUUACAAUAA